CCUUUUAAGUCAACACGUUGCAAAAUCCACAUCUUAAACAAAUGGGUUCAUCAUCCUCAAAACGGGUGACCGAAACCCUCCAAUCCUCAGCAGAUUUCACGACAGCAUGCACCACAGUCUACCAACAAUCCCUCUCUCUCACCCAACAAGCUUUCCCCGGCCUCCCGCGCUACCAGAUCGCUUCAGCUUCCGACCGUCUCUACCAAACCCUAACAUCUCUUAACCUCCCAUUAAUCAACAAAUGGGUCAACUCCCCUCCCACCCGGACCCAGAUCGACAAAUCGCUGCAAAGAACAGUUCCAGACGGUGACGGUAUUGUGACGGUUGGGGAGUCGGAGUUUAAGGAGUUUGCGGUGGAUUUGUAUAGGGAUGUGAUUGUUUCCAACGCGCAGAAGGCGGUUUUGGUGAAGGUGCCGAUCGGGGUUGCUGGGAUUGCUGGAAUUGGGAUGUUUACGCGCUCCGGUAUGGAGGUUGUUGGGACGGUCAUCGGUGUUUAUGCUGUUGGUGUUGCUACUUCGGUUUAUCUUAGUUUUGGUGGUUAGACGGAGUGUUGUCGAUUAACGCCCCAUGUUGGCGUUUUUAACAAGGAAGAAGGUGAGGCCCACACCUAUCUAUCCCAUGACGUUUUCUUUUUAGUUAUUCUACUACGCCUGGAUAUCGGGUAUUUAGUUAAUGCUUAAAAUUCGUAUGUGGCGGUGAUGCGACAGUGGUCGCGGUGAUGCGACAGUGGUCAUAUUCUUAGGUUUGUAAAUUUGUGGUUUGUACACUACUUGGUAUAAAUAAUUGUGGGUUUGUGUUUAAAGUUGUAAUUAUAAUUUGCUAAAUAUUAAAAAUUUGGGAUUUUUAUUUUUGUUAAGCAGAGGGUAAGACUGUCGUUUUAUAUGCAUGUUAUGUGUUGCGAGCUUUCAAAUUAGGCGUGGAAACAAGUCAUGUGGGACUGCUACGGCGUGAACAACUAGUGGCGGAUCUAGAAAAUCCUUAUAGGGACGACGUUUUAAAAAAAGGGUAACGAAAUCAAAAACGUAAAUUUUUUCUAAAAUUUACGCUACCGUUGGAGCGAUAAGGGGCAACGUAGGUUAUCCUUGUUACAAGGUAGGUCCGCCCCGGACAACGUUACAACCCUUUGGUGAAAGCCUUUCACAUAGUGGCAAACUUUUAGCAGAGUACUUGGUUAAUUUUUUAGGAAAUUGGGGUAUUGAGAAAAAGGUGUUUACGAUCACAGUAGAUAAUGCCAAAUAUAAUGAUGUUUUGGUAGAUUGUUUAAACAGUCAUUUUCGUUUGAAUCGUGUUUUACUUUGUGAUGGGGACUUUACGCAUGUGCGUUGUUGUGCACACGUGUUAAAUCUAAUUGUUCAAGGAGGAUUAAAGGUGAUUGAA